CGGAGGUUCCAUUUGUAUAAAACCUAUCUGACGGAAUCCCCUUGGAGGAAAUGUACAGAUCCACACAGUCUAGGGCUUGCAGUCGUUUCAGUUAGACGGCCUUAUAGACGGCAUACACUAUUUGAAAAAUAAUUGUACAACACUGUAUUACAAACUUUUAGCAGCAAACAUGAAAGUGUCAAGCAUAGAUUGCCGUCGCCUCAAGAAGAUUAUCAGGAAGGAAUGUGGAAGCUCUCUAAUUGUGGAUUGUCGACCUUAUUUUUCUUUCACAAACUCUAAUAUCAAAGGCUCGGUCAAUGCCAACCUGAACUCGGUUGUUGUCCGGAGAUCCAGAGGAGGGCCGGUACCUCUUCAGUUUGUGAUCCCGGAUGAGAAAGCCCUGUUACGGCUACGAGAGGGGAGCAUAUCGUCAGUGGUAGUUCUGGAUGACCGGGCUCCUCACUGGCAGAAACUGAAAAAGGACAGUAUCGCACAGAUUGUGAUUAAUACACUCACUCAUCUGGAGAGCGGGGCAAAUAUCUGUUUUCUAAAAGGUGGCUUUGAGAACUUCCACGGGCAGUACCCUGAACUCUGCACAGAGGUCGUGAAACCCGCCGGUUUCGACCAGAACAACGGAACUGAAACCGGAAAGUGUAGGUCAAGCAUCUCCCUGUGCUGUGAGAAACUGGGCUCCAACCUCAAACCAGAUUACGAUCAGGGCAAGCCAGUUGAAAUCCUUCCCUUCCUGUACCUGGGCAGUGCCUAUCAUGCCUCCAGGCAAGACUAUCUCAGUGACCUUGGGGUCACGGCCCUGCUGAACGUCUCACGGAGGGACACAAGGCCCUCCAAGGGCCACUACGACUACAAGUGGAUCCCAGUGGAAGACAACGUCACGGCAGAUAUCAGUUCGCAUUUCCACGAGGCCUUCCAGUUCAUCGAUCACGUGAAGCAGAAAGGGGGCAGGGUCCUGGUACACUGCGAAGCCGGCAUCUCCCGCUCUCCCACCAUCUGCCUUGCCUACAUCAUGAGCACCAAGCGGCUGCAGCUUGACGAGGCCUUUGACAUCAUCAAACGGCGACGUGCCCUCAUCUCGCCCAACUUCAACUUCAUGGGUCAGCUGCUGCAGUUCGAGUCCGAGGUCCUGUCUUCGACGCCCCUCGGCGCAGCGACACCCCCGGAGCCCGCCGCCAAGCCGACCUCCCCUUGUGGCUUGGCCAAGGAGGCAGUCUCCUUCUUCGGGAGUUCGACGGAGCUCACAUUCAACAAUAAUAAGAACUUUGACUUUGAACCGUCCACAGUAUUCGCCCCGCUGCCUACCUCCUUCCUCCAGCCCAUACCUCUCCAACCCCCGCCUCUCCGCCAGUUCAAACUGAGCCCGAUAACUGCACUGCCUUAAGACGUGACUGUUCAUGAAGUCUUACAUUACUUGAAAGAUGAAACACAGAAAAACAUAAAACAAAAUGCUGUUACAAGCCAGAAAGGAAGUGGAAUGGCUGGCUAAACGGAAACAAAGAGGCUGGGAGACGAUGUUGUGUUGAUUGUGUAUUGACCGAAGUGAUCGACUCGUCAUAAUCCCCAUGAAGCCAAAAGGCAAAGUGUGAUACUGGUUUCUUUUUGUAUUUCACCAUUCAUUUAUCCCAUUCGACAUUUUAGAAUCGCUUCAGACAAAGGCUGUGUUUUAAGGCUUACUCCGGCUCUGCGUUUUGAUAACCGUGUAAAUCUUGACUGGACAAGAUAACAUUUGUCAAUAUACUUGCUUCACUUUGCUCCACAAAAAAUGUCUUUGCUUAUAUUUAGCAUGUAUUGAUAAAGUCUACUUGUUCUAUAGAUAUUGACAGUUAUCAAAAUGGCAAAGUGGUGUAAGCCUACACGAAACUCAGACCUUAUUUCAAGUGGAUCUAAAAAUCCCCUAAGGAGGAAAAUAAUGAUGUAUGACAGCAAGGAGAUGCUUUUCCAGUUUUGCCGAAAGGUUUUAUGGGGAUUACGACCCAUAAUAUUUUAGUCACAAUGGGACAUUUUAUUCUUGUGGUGAAAAGUCUGUGACUUUUUUCCUGCUACAGCUAGUAAAGCUGUCAGUUGUUUGAACUUUGAACUGCAGGUAAAACCCCUGUACAGAGGACUACUGCAAUACAUGCCUUAGGUUGAAAACGUGAUGUUUUGCCUAUUCACAAGCCCUGUCAAGGCAUUUUAACCUAAUUUAUUUUAUAAAACAUGUCUGUUCAUCUGUGUGUUUCUAAAAUACAAUUGUGGAUGUCAAUAAAUGUUUCCACCAAAAUGUAAA